AUGCGAGUCAUAACAAAGGCAGCAGCAUACCUAGAAAAGAUACCCGAGAAAGUUGGGCUCUCUGGGAAGCGGCAACUUCCCAGCUGUGACCCAUUAGGUGCCAAGAAGGCUGAUAACAUCUUACACUGCUUGAAGAGGAGCUUAACGGAAGCUUUAAAUGCAUCAACUUCACGAGCAACAACAUUGCAAGCACCAGUGCUGACAACAGCUGCAAUCAGCGCUACGAAUGAGUCUAUCACAAGCAGCUCCACGCCUUCUGCACCUACUGCUGCACAACAAGUAACACAAGACACAGCAACACAACCACCAGUAAAAGUGACCACUACAGCAACAUAUAAAAGUGACAGCACAAGAAACACUACACAAGCAAGUGGAACACAGCUGGCACAAAAUGAGAGUUCGGAUGCUUCACCCACUAAGGGAUGGUUUGCUUCAUCCACUAAGGGAUGGUCGUCUUCUACAAUUUCUCUACAAAAACCCACUUCUGCUCAUGGAACCUCAGGCCUUCACAUGAGUUCACCAGCAGAAUCCACAACUUUUUGCAGUCCUGUAAGCAGUUCUGGAAACAAGAAACUGCCAGGGAGUGAUAUCCACUAUUCUAGCGUUAUCUUGCCAGUUGUCAUCACCUUGAUAGUUAUUACCCUCUCUGUCUUCUCCCUGGUGUCUUUGUACAGAAUAUGCCAGAAGAAAACUCCAGAGAGACAAGAGAACAGCACUGAACAAGCCCAGUCAGAUAAAGAAGGAGUGAAACUUCUUUCUGUGAAGACAACUUCUCCUGAGACUG